UCUUUUAUUUAUUAAUGUGGCCCUAAUACUCUUCCAUAUUAUACAAGACUAAAUGGACUAAUGUAAAUUAAUGAAAUUCUGUGAAAGCGAUAUUUCCCACAGUCAGUGAAGGCAGCAGGAGGAGGGCGUGUCUGCUGUGGUAGAAGAAGGAGUUGAUGAAGAAGAAGAAGAAGACUGUAGUGAGAGUGAAAACACUGAGCUGCUGCUCUCCACGGUGAACGAUGCCAGUGUUGUGGACACAUUCAUGGACUUAAGCUGAGCCUCGGUCGCCUCUCGGAGCUUCCAGCGGCUGGACGGGGCCUUCUCUCUCUCCACCCGCUGAAUGUUAGCCGACCUGCGGACGGAGGGACGGAGGAGGCCGGGUUCGCAGACAUGGAGUCUCGCAGAUAUCGCCGCUGCUGCGGUUGCUGCUGCUGGACGGGCUGAUUUCUUCUGGGUGGCGUACCACUAAGAACAGACCCUGCCCACAUCACGGGGGAUAUUAUGUCACCUCAGUACAUGCCAAGAAAAAGAAAGUCUGUCCAGUCGCACCUUAAAAGUGGAUUAACAUGUCCAGUAGUUCAGCGAAUGCCAGAAGGAGGCAGUGGAUCAAACACAGCCGGAUUCACUCAGAAUGACGAGUCUCGAGACCGAGAUGCUCUAAAGAUGAAAAGAACGUACGGUCGAAAAAGGUAUGAGGACCUCCAGAGUGUUUCCAUGGGAACGGUUGAAUACCCUACCACCAGCUGCUCAUUAGCUGAUGCGGCCAAUGGAGUGAACCCUGGCUCCAUGGCUCCACCCACAGCGAGGCUCCCUCCCAGGCUGCUGGCGAAGGAUUUGUGGCCUCGCUGUUCCGAGCCCGGCAGAGAGCAGGACCAGAGCUGGAGGGACAGAGGCCCCGGUGUCUGGGCCCCGGGUAGAGACCGAGGCCAGGAUCAGGUCUGGAGCCCGGGCAGGGACCCACUAGGACAUUCCUGUCAAAACCAAACAUGGACCGCGGGCAGGGACAGGGGUCACACUGGACAGGACCAGGCCUGGAUGAUGGGCCGGGACCAAGGUCCUGAGCAGGGCUGGGGUGCCGGCAGGGACCGAGGCCAGGAUCAAGGCUGGAACACAGGCUCCAGGACUCCAGGAAGAGACCAGGUUCCGUCAGGACCGGAGCAGGUGUGGGGAUCUGGACAAAACCAAGACCAAGUUUGGAGCAGCACAAGCCGGGACAGAGGACACGCGUCGAGACCUGGUUCAGACGGAGCCACUGUCGGUGAAGCAUCCACGGUGCCACCUAGUGAGGAUCAGAAACCUCCAGUUUUUGCCACAAAGAAGGAGCCUCCCACGUAUCCUCCAGGAAGUCCAGAGGAGCGCUGGCAGGUCCUGAUCAUGGCCAAAGGCAGAGUCACGUGUCCCAAAUGCAAGAGCGUGAGCAGAAAGACAGUGGACGGACUGAAAAAACACAUGGAGAACUGUCGACUGGAGCCCUUCACCUGUCAACACUGUGGGAAACAGCUCAAGUCUUCAACAGGGAUGAAGUAUCACAUCAUGGCCGACCACAGUCACCUGCCGUCAGUGGACGACGUCAAAGACCUGGACGACCGCGUCAUCAAAGACAAACUGCGUAAAAUCCUGAAGAGACUGGGAAAAUUAAAAUGCUCUAAAGAGGGCUGCACCGCUGCGUUCACCAGUAUCAUGGGCUACGUUUACCACAUGAAGAAGUGCGGGAAGGAGGAGUCAGAGCUGGAGAAGCUGCUGCUGAACUGCUGCCACUGUGGGAAGACGUACAGAUCCAGAGCGGGUCUCGAAUAUCACCUGAAAUCAGAGCACGCGCCCGCGCCAAUAAAGAGCGAGGAAGACGAGUCUCUGGAGGCUGAGAGGGAGGCAAACCCGGAGCGCACGGCGAGCGGCCGGGUGCAGCGAGCAUCCGCGCAGGUGGCCAACUUCCACCUGGCGGAGAUCGCCAACAACGACUUACCCAAAGACUGGCCCAAGAGGAAGUUUCAGUCGGACCUGGUGCCCGACGUCCAAAAGUUGAAAUACGCGCGGCCCGGUCUUCCUGCCUUCAGUCAGGAGGUGCUGAGGAAGUGGAAGAACGAGGUGAAGCUGCAGAGGAAAGUCCACUGUCCCAACCAGGGUUGUGGCAGCACGUACACCAGUGUGUCUGGACUGAAGGCUCAUCUGGGACUCUGUACGCGGGGUGAUUUUGAAGCGGGAAAAUACAGAUGUCUCAUCUGCAAUAAAGAGUUUAACUCAGAGAGUGGAGUGAAGUAUCACAUCAACUCCGUCCAUUCACAGGACUGGUUUGUGACGAACAAAAAGGCCUACAAGAAGUUUGAGAAGUUCCUCAAAAACCAGCCAAAGGAGUUUGUCCAUAACGUGGACAAGCAGGUCAUGGAUCAGUAUCACCAUCACCACCACCACCAUCUCCAGCAGCAGCAGCAGCAGCAAGACCUCCAGCAUCAUCACCACCAUCACCACCAUCAUCAUCUGCUCCAGUACCAGCCCAUUCAACAUCCUCUGCAGCCCCUGCAUCACCUACAGCACCAGACCCAACACCAGUUUCUCCACCAGGAUCACCAGAACCUCCCUCCUCCUCCACAGCAGGACACGGAGCUCCACUUCACCCCACUGGAGCCUCCUCCGGGACCACUGUGGGUGGACAUGGACCGUAGGGGAGCCCAGUUGGAGAUGGAAAUGGCCAAUGUAGACAAAGCUGGAGAGGACGGCAGCGACACAAGGAACGAGGAGAAGUUGAAGGCUGAUGUGAAGAGGAAGGAGUGCUUUGUUUUCGCUGGCAGCAGCAGUCAUAAUAACAGCAGCGGCUUGUUCAGUGAAUCGGAGGUGGAGCAGCAGGACAGACAAAGACAGAUUGACCAGUGGAACCUGAAACGACCGGGCAACAUGGAGCACCACCCUGAGGACAGGAAGGGGCAACACAGCACUUAGAAAAGAGGACGAGAUGCCUUCAGAAAGUGUUGCUGAAGGUCCACGUGAAAUUUAAACGUCCUUCCGCUGGAUUUACAGGUAAGAGACCGCACGGAAGUUUUGGUCUUGUGACGUUUUGGCAGCUGAGGGAAGUUUUUAAUCACAGUUUGGUUGGAAAAUCGUUUGGUUUUUUUUGUUCAUUUCAAACCAAUUGUCACUGACACUGAUGCAGGUGAGGUUUGAUGAAGGAAAAUGAAAAUGCUUCUAACUCGGAGGGUGAGUGGAUUUCUUUCCCCUUCUGUUCAGUUUUCAUAGAACAAUAGUCGACCAAUAGCAUGUAGCUAUAAUGUUUACUUACUCUACUAUAGUGGCGUGGCGUCAAAAUGGAUGGUUGUCACUGUUGUUUGUAGAUGAUGAUGUUAUUUUUUACUAACUUUUUUAUUCUAUUAAUGAAUAAUGAAUGUAUUUUUUUCUGUUUGCACUUCAGUUUAAACCAGUUGUCCUCAAAAAAAGACAAACUGACCCUUUAAUCUGUGAAUCUGUAACACACUGUGUUUAAAAAAGAAAAGAAGAAACGAUUCCCUGUGUUUAUGGUUUUGUUAAAAGUGCUUUAUUCACUAUAGGGCUGCAAAUAACCAUUAUUUUAAUCUGUUGAUUACUUUUUCUGAUUAACUGAUGAGUUGUUUGGUCCAGGAAAAAAAUAUAUAUAUAUAUGUAUACUCAAACCGAUUAAUCAAUGAUCAAAACUUUAGGGAUUUAGUUAGUUUGUUUGUUGCACUUUUUUUUCCUUCUUUUUUUAAGUCUUCAAUUAAAUAAACUUUAUUAUUAUAAGUUUAUGGCAUUUAAUACUUUAAAAUAAAGCAAUAUCUAUCGACUAAACCAUUAUAACCACAAACAUAGGGGGAAAAGUCUAUAAAUAAAUAAGUUCUUUAAAGAGCGUUUUUUUUUUCCCUGACCGCUAACGAGAAUCACUGUGUUUUUGUUUCUCUAACGUCGUCGUUGUUGAAAUACUUCUCAUGAACAAAAAAUGCUUUGGACCAAAUCUUUAUCAUCGCGUAUGCACUUUUGAAAUGUUUGAUCGUAGAAAAUAAUCAUAAUUUAUCUUCCCUGAGUUUGUUUUGAGUUUAUAUUAUGUCGGGACGCACGGUAUUGGACUUUGGACAAUGCAACGAAUAUAACAAUGAGUUUGUUGCUUUAAAAUCCACAUUUUAAAGUUUUUUGAAUUUACUAUUUCUGUAACAUAAUAUUAAAAAGAUACAAAACAAAUCAAUGACUACAAUGAUUAAAACCACACUUUUCUACUCCAAUGAUGACCUAAAGUGGAAUAAUGAAUGUUUUUUGUGCCUCAUCAAAUAUCAUCAUUAUUAUCCAUAUAGUAUAUAAUCUAUAGGUCAGAUUCAGAUGACCUCUCUGUUUCCUUGUAGCCUUGUACCAUUUGUAAACAUAGUAGAGAAAACGUCUUUUUUUUUUUACUAGAGUGAAAACAGUUGUAGUCGUCUCAUGUUUAAAGAAAAAAAAACAAUCUGUCAACUUAAUAUGUUAUUUUUUUAGAAGUUAUGUGCUGCUAUUUCAUAUGAGCAGCAGUGUUCUAACAAUAACAGAUAAUUAAAGGUUCGAUUCAUGUUCA